AUGCCCUACCCGUUCAUGGACUACUUCGACGAGCUGACAAUAGAGGAACAACAGGAACUGCAAGAUGUGAUCGACGCGGCGGUCGAAGCACAAGGAAAUGAAGAAGAAGAGGAAGAAGAAGAAGAAUUUCAAGACGAAGUGAAUAGUCGGAAACGAGCGCGAGACGAAGAGAAUGAUGAAUGCUUAGAUUACGAGCACCCUGAUUAUCGCGAUGAAAAGAGGCGCAAGGUGGAAAUAACGUUAGCAAUGAUGACAAGAAGCGAUUGGGUACCCCAUCUCGAGAAGUGGAUGCACCGUGUCCAGAAGGUUCACUUGGCUGGGCUCACAGAGGAACAAAUCGAGUAUGUCUUCAGCAUCGCUGAACAAGAAUAUGAGAAAAAAGUGGAAGAUCAGGAAUUGUGCGUGCUUGAAAUGAUGGAAACGGUGAAAAAAACGAUAAGGAAGGGACAGUUCAAGAACCAGAACGAGUGGUUGGAGCCUCUUGGAUGGGAGGCUCUUUCAGCAAUGGACAAAGUAUGGGGCCUGUACUUCUAA